AUGAAAUGGUUCACAGGUGGUGUGUUUGCAUUGACAACUGUUUCUUUUGGCGCGCUGUACAUUUUUCAGAACAGACUAGUUUACCCAUCUUGGGCCCAAGGAGCUAGAAAAUAUGUGGAUACACCAGCUUCCAGAGGACUUCCUUAUGAACGUGUCGUAUUGGCUUCAAAAGACGGUGUACAAAUUGAAGCAUACGACCUUCAGAACAAAAACUCUACAUCCACAGUGUUGAUAUUAUGCCCUAACGCAGGAAACAUCGGCUAUUUUAUACCAGUCAUCGAGUUAUUCUACAAGCAGCUAGGCACAAGUGUCUUUAUUUAUUCAUACAGAGGAUAUGGUCAUUCUGAAGGUAGUCCCAGCGAGGCAGGACUGAAAAGAGAUGCUGAUAGAGUUCUGUCUUACCUUUCAACAAAUGAUUUCCAUAAAAAAAGAAAGUUGGUUCUGUAUGGCCGUUCACUGGGUGGAGCCAAUGCUAUUUACAUUGCAUCGAAAUUUGGUAAUUUAGUUGAUGGUGUCAUUCUUGAAAAUACCUUUUUAAGUAUCCGCAAAGUUAUCCCAUAUAUGUUUCCAAUUUUAAAGAGGUUGGCCUUCAUGUGCCAUGAAAUAUGGAACUCAGAGCAAGAGAUCAAAGGGAUUCCAGAAACUAUUUCGAUACUAUUUCUACGAGGCCUGAAAGAUGAAAUUGUACCUCCUCAUCAUAUGAAAAAAUUAUUUGAAAUAUGUCCAAGCAAGGAUAAGCGUAUCUUUGAAUUCCCAUUGGGUCAUCAUAAUGAUACAAUUCUCCAAGAUGGCUAUUGGGCUAUCAUAGAGGAAUUUUUGAGCAGCCAUGGGUUUAUAUGA